AUGUGUAUCGUUCUCAUUACCACCGCCCAUCCGGAUUACGCGCUCAUCGUCAUCGACAACCGAGACGAGUUCAUCCUGCGCCCGACAUCCCGCCCGCACUGGUGGUCCCAUCCUUCCGGCACCUCGGUUCUUUCCGCCCGGGACCUGCAAAGAGCGGAGAAGGGAACAUGGCUGGGCAUCACCAAGACAGGCCAGCUCGCCGUUCUCACAAAUUACCGCGAAACCAACCCCGGAGAUGCCAGUCAUCCGGUCCACGCCGUUCGCAGCCGCGGCGGCAUGGUCACGGCCUGGCUGGGGUUCGACCCCGCAGAGCCCGUCGCGAAAUCGGUGGGUCGUCUCGUCAAGGACGGUGGCGUCAAGGGCGUCGGCGGCUUCUCCAUGGUCGCCGGCAAGCUGAAGCGAAAACGCGGCAGCGACUCGAAGCCCGAACGCGCGCUUGAAGGCAUCGCCAUUAUCUCCAACAGGUGCGAUGAGCUGCAAGACGUGCCCUGGAUCGCGGAGCAGCGUGACGAGGUCUAUGGCCUUAGCAACGACGUCUACGAGGGUCGUGAGCCAUGGCCCAAGGUCGUGAACGGAAAGCGCCUCAUGAAGGAAGCCAUCCAGGACGCCGUCGCCCGGGGUCUGGACGAGGAUGCCCUGGCCGAACGACUCUUCGAGGUGCUCGAUACCGACACUUUGCCCAAGCACCCCGACAUGAGCCUGGCAGACUACAUCAAGGAGUUGAAGCAGUCCAUCUUCGUCCCUGCCCUAGGGGACGAGGAACACCGCAAGGCCAUGCAGGAGGCCGUCUCGAGAGGGCCGGGCCAGUGGCCUACCGACGAUCAAAAGGCGGCCGAAAGCCUUCAGUUGGGCGAGCGGCCUGAUCCGACAGCGAAGACCAAUAUAGGAUACGAAGUAGGCUUAUACGGCACGCAAAGACAGACAAUCCUAACUCUCGAUUGGGACGGUAACGUUACGUAUCGCGAGAGGGCCCUAUGGGAUGGGAAUGGAAACCCGAUCGAGCGGGGCCAGGGCGACGAGGUAUUCAAAUUCAAGAUUGAGGGGUGGGAGAGCUGA